UCUUGCUUAACCACCCCCCACCUUCCACUCUUCCCUCUCCAUCCCAAACUCCUUUAUUCCCUUAUUCCACCUUUAUCCCCGUUUUCUUCUUCCCAUCCCUCUUCUUCUCUCUAAAUGGCUCAAAGUGAGCUAAGGGGAAUGGUGGUGGUGCUGUGGUUGAUGUUCUUGGUUUCAAGCUUGUCGAGGGGCUUGGUCCGGGCGGACCCUCAAGUCCCAUGCUAUUUUAUCUUUGGGGAUUCGCUUGUGGACAAUGGCAACAACAACGACAUGGCGUCAUUGGCACGAGCCAACUACUUGCCCUACGGCAUCGACUUCCCUGGUGGCCCGACUGGAAGGUUCAGCAAUGGCUUGACCACCGUCGAUGUCCUCGCUCAACUACUAGGUUUUGAUCACCCCAUCCCACCUUAUGCGGCUACGACGGGCCAAGCACUUCUCGCCGGUGCAAAUUUUGCUUCUGCGGCUGCUGGAAUAAGGGAAGAAACUGGGCAACAACUGGGUGGUCGAAUUAGCUUCAGUGGGCAAUUGCAGAAUUAUCAGGCAGUUGUACAAGAGGUACUGAACAUUUUAGGUGAUGAAGACUCCGCUGCUAAUUACCUUAGCAAAUGCAUCUUCUCUGUUGGCAUGGGAAGCAACGACUACCUCAACAACUACUUCAUGCCUGCCUUCUACUCCUCCAGCAGCCAAUACACUCCGGAACAGUACGCCGAUGUCCUCAUCCAACAAUACUCGCAGCAAAUUAGGACCUUGUACAAUUAUGGGGCUAGGAAGGUGGUCUUGAUAGGAGUAGGUCAGAUUGGGUGCAGCCCAAAUGUAUUGGCUCGGCUUAGCCCAAAUGGCGAAACCUGUGUCGAUCGAAUCGACAGCGCAAUCCAAAUAUUUAACCGGAAGCUGAUAGCCUUGGUGGAUGAAUUCAACUCCUUGGAGGGUGCACAUUUCACCUACAUAAAUGGUUAUGGGAUAUUUGAAGAUAUCUUGAGGAAGCCUUCGGCCUAUGGGCUAACGGUCACCAAUAGGGGAUGCUGUGGGGUGGGAAGGAACAACGGCCAGAUUACAUGCCUCCCGUACCAAACUCCAUGCCCAAAUAGAAACGAGUAUCUCUUCUGGGAUGCGUUCCAUCCGACUGAGGCUGCCAAUAUAAUUAUUGGUAAAAGGUCUUACAGCGCUCAGUCCUCAUCCGAUGCCUACCCCAUGGAUAUUCGUCACCUGGCUCAAAUUUAAUCAGAGGAUUAGUACAGCUUCCGGGCUUCUUUUUACAAAUUGUAACCUACCACCAUGCUUUCGUUGUAGUAGUGUGCCUUUCUAUAUGCUACACCUAUCGAUUAUUAUUUUCUUCAGGAAGUGCAAGUUUCGAUCUUCCAUUUUACUUUUCCUUGUUAAGGUUUGUAAGGAUCAAAUUAAUAAGUCUCGAAUAAAUUAUGUUUUGGUUUUCCAUC